AAUGGCGGUCCUUGAACAGUACCGUAACAUCUCUCAGAACUCCCAGAACUCAUCUUGGGUGGAAGAGAUUGUCGAAAUCCUCAACGUGCUGCUGUGCGCCCGAAAUUCAACCAAAGAGCAGGAGAAAAACUCACUAGAUCCCAGCGGAGAAUCGGCCAGAUUCGAUGUACUUAACGAACAAAUGAAGAAACGCAUUGAAACUAAGUACGAGUAUGACCCGUCCGUGUCCAAAGAGUGCAACGGUCUUUUCAAAAUGUUCGAAGAGAAUCCGAUUCUGGCCGGAGUGUGGAAAAUCUACAAACCGUUCAUCAGAGGUAAAAUCCUGUACGCACCAGAAUCGAAUGCAACGUUGCGGGUCAUGCAACGGCUCAAUGCAACCAUCUAUUCGAUUAAAGAGAGCAUCAUGCUGGUUAAUGAGACUGUACAACUGCUGCCACUAAUUAGGAUGGCACUGUUGGAGAAUAGCAUUGGAAUGGAGGCUAUCAAGAAACUAAUAGAUUCCCAAGUAGGAGCAUCAGUACUAAAUAAUACACUUGUGAAAGACUCAUUGAAUCUAGUAACCAGCGAUAAUGAAUUGAAGGGAAUGCAGGCGUUCGUUAAAAAGUAUCUUGACGAUUCUAAUGAAAGUAAUAGGUCAAAGUCUUUGGAGGAUGCUCAGAAGCUAAUUGACAAACUUCUUUCCUACGUUAAUUGUAUCGACUUUGACAAGAUCAAGCCUUUCAGUAGUGAAGAGUCGGCGACCAAGUAUGGAAUGAAGUUGCUAGAAAAGAAUGAACUAUUUGCUGUGAUAAUUUUUGAAAAACAAGAUGGUGACCGAUUGACUCCGUUUGUCACCUAUAAAAUAAGGAUGAGCUCGGAUCGCGUGGACAACACCGAGUUCACACGUGACAGCCGCUGGCGCCCCGGUCCACGCAUGCGCCCCUACAUCGACCUCAAGUACCUCAGCAUGGGUUUCGGCUACCUGCAGGACCUCAUCGAGCACUACAUCAUAGCCGAACACACUCCCCACCUCAACGCCUCCCAGCUGCCCGGCAUUUAUCUGCAGCAGUUUCCCUAUCCAUGCCACAUCAACGACAAAUUCAUAAUAGCGAUCUCGGCCACAUUUCCAUUGUUCAUGAUGCUGUCGUGGGUGUACACUUGCGCGAUGAUUGUCAAGUCGAUUGUCUACGAGAAGGAGGAGCGGCUGAAGGAGACGAUGCAUGUGAUGGGGUUGGGAAAUGGCAUCCAUUGGGUGGGCUGGUUCAUAGACAGCAUUCUGCCCAUGAUGCUCACCAUUCUCCUGCUCACGCUUAUACUCACCUAUGGCAAGAUAUUGCGCAGCGCUGACCCGACUCUGAUCUACUUCUUCCUUCUGAUCUACUGCGUGGCGACGAUUGCGCAGUCGUUCCUAAUCUCUGUGUUCUUCUCGCGCGCGAACCUGGCCGCCGCUUCGGGUGGCAUCAUAUUCUUUGUGCUCUAUCUGCCCUAUCCGUUCAUGGUGCGAUGGAUGUCCAUACUGCCGCCCUACAUCAAAGCUAUUAUGUGUCUAUCAUCGAACGUAGCAUUUGGAGUGGCGACUUCCUACUUUGCAUUCUACGAGGAACAAGGCACGGGGGCGCAGUGGGCCGAAAUCAACUCCAGUCCACUCUACGGCGACAAGUUCAACCUGCUCUAUGUCAUCUAUCUGCUCCUGUUCGACACCUGUAUCUACCUCCUGCUCACCUGGUAUCUCGAAGCUGUCAUGCCUGGUCUGUACGGUAUUCCAAAGCCGUGGUACUUUCCUUUCACAACUUCCUAUUGGUGUGGAACCACUAAAGGAGUGACGGACAUCAAUGUACUGAGAACAGGUAGUAUAGCGAACGAGAACUGUGAAAGCGAGCCGCUGAAACUGAAGCAGGGCAUCACCAUUCAGAGUCUGUCGAAGGUCUACUCGAACGGCAAGGUGGCUGUUCGUGACCUCUCACUCAACUUCUACGAGGGACAGAUCACCUCGUUCCUCGGUCACAACGGAGCCGGCAAGACUAGCACUAUUUCGAUGUUGACUGGCCUCUUCCCUCCAUCGAGUGGUACGGCAAAGAUCUACGGCCUCGAUAUAAGAACAGACAUGGAUGCCAUACGUAAAAGCAUGGGCAUGUGUCCUCAGCACAAUGUGCUAUUCAACUUACUAACCGUGGAAGAGCACCUGUGGUUCUACGCGCGUUUGCGAGGCGGUCGCGCCGGUGACGGGAGUGGAGGUGAGACCGUGAAGCGAGCAGUGCGCGCCGAGUGUGAUCAGAUGAUCACGGACCUGGGUCUGCCGCACAAGCGGCGAUGUCUGGCCAGUCAUCUUAGCGGCGGAAUGCAGCGAAAGCUAUCAGUGGCCAUUGCGUUCAUUGGCGGAUCAAAGACAGUGAUUCUCGACGAACCGACCUCAGGGGUUGAUCCUUAUUCGAGGCGAUCUAUAUGGGAACUGCUAACCAAGUACAAGAAUGGACGGACAGUAGUGCUGACCACUCACUACAUGGAUGAAGCCGACAUACUUGGUGACCGUAUUGCAAUAAUAGCACAUGGCAAACUGCAGUGCUGUGGCUCUAGUCUCUACUUGAAGAACCGAUUCGGCAGUGGAUACUAUCUCACCAUUGAUAUCAGGGAGGACAAAAUUUCUUCGGGUCUCUCUUCUCCAGAAAUAAGAAAAAUCACACAACACAUCAAAGAGAUAGUGCCUUCAGCCAACUUCCACGAGCACAUAGGCACAGAACUUAUCUACGUGUUAUCGCAUUCUGACUUGGAACGAUUCAAGAAGCUGUUCAGUUUCCUUGAAGAUUUCAAAACUGAUCUAUUCAUCAAUUCAUAUGGCAUUUCUGACACGUCUCUUGAAGAGAUAUUUCUACGUGUGGGUUCUCAGAAUGAUGAAGCUAUGGAUGCUGAUGACGAAAGAGAUUCAUCAUCAUGCUUCAAUAAAUUGACAAGUUUCUUCUAUAAGAAGAAACCAACUAGGAACUCUUGUGUACACAGGCCCGAUGACCAACCGGAGAUUGAUAAUAUCCAACAAGUGAACGGUUCUAUAGUGAAGUAUACAUCAGUGCCAGUAAUCGAUGAAGGUGAAAACAUAAAGCCGGAAGGGAACAAACACUGGAGACAGUUCCUGGCUCUGCAUGUGAAAAGAUUCCAUCAUACUAGAAGAAACCGGAAAGCGAUCUUCUCAGAGUUAAUCCUGCCGGGCCUGUUCGUGUGCAUGGCUCUGUUGGUGACGUCAAUCGUGCCGAAACUGCAGCAGCGACCACCGCUGACGCUGGCGCCAUCUGUGUACGCCCCGCCGCACUACACCUUCGUCAGCCUCCAAGGUGUGACGUCACCGGAGGGCAGCUGGCAAGCGGCAAUUGAUGCCAACCUCACUGGGCCGCUAGGACUGGGCACCGCCUGUCUCAACAGUGAACGCAGUUAUGACGAGACCUGUGCAGGCAAGUCGUACGACUUUACGCCGGGCGACCUGAACGUGCCGUCGUUUGGAGCGCCCUGCUCGUGUGACACGGGCGCUCAGCUUUGUCCCUCCGAUCCUGAAAGGCCUGUACCGCCAUCUUUAAAGUUAUCAUCCCAUGACGUUAUGUUCAACCUGACUGGAAGCAAUAUAUCGGAUUGGAUUCUGAAAACUUGGAAGCAGUAUCAGAAAACGAGAAUGGGAGGUUAUUCGUCAGGUUUUGAGUCACCCGUGCCUGUAGUAGAAUUCAAGUCAACCAAUAUUUCACCCAUGGCUCAUCACUUGACUCAGAACCCCUACGUGGACAUUCACUAUAAAACUAAUAAUGUCAAGGUUUGGUUCAACAACAAGGGCUGGGCGUCUUCCGUUUCUUAUAUGAAUGCCAUCAACAACGUGAUUCUGCGCAGUAAUCUGCCCGCCAACCAGUCACAUCUGGCGCACCAGUAUGGCAUCAGAGCCAUCAAUCAUCCCAUGAACUUCACCGAAAAACAGAUGAACAUCGAACUAAUCAAGGAGAGUGGAAAAUCACUGCUUCAUGCCAUUUCGGUGUUGUUUGCUCUGAGCUUCGUGCCCGCUUCGUUCCUGGUCUACCUGAUCGAGGACAAGGUCUCCAACAGCAAGCAUCUGCAGAUGGCAUCUGGUGUCAACCGCCUCGUCUACUGGUUGCAGGCGUACGUCUGGGAUAUGUGUUGCUACCUGUUAUCAGCCGGCCUGUGUGUGUUCAUAUUUCUGGUUUUUAACGAGCAAAACUAUGUGUCAUCAAGAAACUUGGCUGGUUUUGUUAUUCUACUCACCUUCUACGGGUGGUCGAUAAUUCCGCUGAUGUACCCGGCGAGUUUCGUGUUCUCUGUUCCGAGUUUUGCGUUUGUGGGCUUGGCCUGUGCUAACAUAUUCAUUGGCGUCAUUACCACUGUCACAACUUUUGUGCUCGAUGUAUUUGAAGAUGAAGACUUGAGAGCAGUUGAUGACGUAUUGAAGGAGGUGUUCCUCAUAUUCCCUCACUUCUGCUUGGGAGACGGCCUCAUGAAGCUGGCAGCCAAUCACAUCUACUAUGUUGCCCUACAACAGUACAUAAAUAUCGAAGUGGGAAAUGAAAUCUUCAGAUGGGACUGCUUGGGCAAGAAUCUAUUCUGCAUGUUUUUAUCUGGCAUUUUCUACUUUCUGCUGACUUUGGUGCUCGAAUUCAGAGGUCUGCCUUUCUUGACAAGCAGUUCGGCUGGCGGUGCUAAGAAUGUAGUUGUUAGUCCUGAGGACGGAUUGGGCAAGGAAGACGAGGAUGUGCGUGCGGAACGCAUUCGUAUCAAUCAAAAUCAAGCCAUUGACGACAUCCUAGUCAUCAAAAAUCUCACCAAGGUAUAUUCGCGUUUCAAAGACUCUCGGCCGGCUGUAAACCAGGUUUGUGCCGGAAUCAAGAGGGGAGAAUGCUUUGGACUUCUUGGUCUCAACGGUGCCGGAAAAACUACCACCUUCAAGAUGCUAACGGGCGCGCUGAGGCCGAGCGGAGGUGACGCUCUGAUUGGAGGAUGCAGCGUGUCACGUGACCUGGACAGGGUGCGCGCGCAGCUCGGCUAUUGUCCGCAAUUUGACGCAUUGGAUCCUUUGCUCACACCCCGCGAACAUUUGGUUUUCUACGCGCGGCUUAGGAAUGUGCCUAGUCGGCAACUGCAGUCGGUGGUGGAUGCCAGUCUAAUGAAGCUGGGUUUAGGUCAUUAUUCGGACAGAUGCGCCGGCACGCUAUCUGGUGGCAACAAACGGAAGCUCUCUACUGCCAUUGCUGUACUUGGCAAUCCUCCUGUCAUAUUCCUUGACGAGCCGACGACAGGCAUGGACCCGGUGGCCCGUCGCUUCCUUUGGCAGUGUGUACAGCGACUGACUCGCGAGGGAGGCCACAGUGUCGUGUUGACGUCACACAGCAUGGAGGAGUGUCAGGCGCUCUGCACUCGCCUCACUGUCAUGGUCAACGGCCAGUUCAAGUGUCUCGGCUCCAGUCAACAUCUCAAGAACAAAUUUGGCGGCGGCUACAGUUUGUCGCUGCACUGUGCUGAUAGCGGUGGUGAGGGUGGCGGUGGAGGGGGAAGCACCAGCUCUGACACAGUGGCUGAUGUCAAGAACUACAUCAGCAGCAAACUGCCUGAGGCCUCACUACAGGAGCACCAUCACACUCGGCUCAGGUAUCAGCUGGCUUCGAAGCAACAGUCAUCCCUCCUAGCUCACGUGUUCCAAGUGAUGGAGGAAGCGAGAGCCACUGGACUAGUCUUGGACUACUCUCUUUCUCAGACCACUCUCGAAGAUGUAUUUUUACAAUUUGCCAGUGAACAAGGCGAAGCAGAUGAAGAUUUGAAUACAAGGCACAGACCUGCCAUCAUACGGAAUUGCUUCAAAUGCUGCUCAGCCACGGUGCGAUCUAUGUCUAAUAGACUACUUAAAAGGAUUUCACUGCAAAUUCUAAGUUUUUUGGAAAGAAGGCUCGGUAUUUUGGCACAGCCCAACCGGAUCAAAACGAUGUAACAGCGAACCGUAGACCGAUUGGUGGCUAGCGGCCGCGAAUUCUGGUGCUAUUGAAGAAGAAAAAAGACGAGCUUUCAAGGACAAACUGGUUCUCCAUGGUAAUAUUUUUAAGACGUAACUGCAAUGUUUACUUAUUAUCUACAAUCUACAUAGUUCCUUUACAGUGAUCAAAAUAUGUUGACUCUCAGUAUUAAUUAUAUGAACAAAAUACCGUAGGAUUUAUUUAGAUUUAGAUUAUUGUGUUAAUAUUAUUAUUGGCAGUAGACACUUUGUUUAGAAGCGCAUCAUGAUGGGAGAAAGAAUACACCAAGAAUAUUUAUCAACCAUUAUCUAUUACUAUCCUCUCUUAGGCUACAUCAAUUUAUGGGAACCUAUGAACAAAAUUAAACUAUCGGAUAUUUAUUGUAGCCCAUCAACCAGUGUUCAGAUCAAAGAUUAUAUUAUUAGUAUUACGAAUAUCAUUGUAAAUAUUAUUUUAUAUAAUUUCUUUUAUAAAUGCUGUUCUGUAUUAUUAUUAUUAUAAUAUAAAUAAAAAUAAUAUAUUUUAUUUAGUAUAUAUUUAUUUAUUGUGAUCAUAUGAAAUCAAAUUCGCAAAUAGUUGUUAGACUAGACGUAAACUAUAUAUGAUCAUAAUGAUUUAUAAUUAUUCCAAGUAAUUUACUACUCGCAAUUACGUUUUAUUAUUAUAUUUCUUAAUUUAUAUUUUUUGUUAUCAAUUGUUCAUGAUUGACUAUCAAUGACAAUGUAUUUAUAGUCAAGGAAUGAAGACCAAUUCAUUGAUAAAUGACCACUAGGAAUUCUUGAUUUUCGAUGUGAGCUAUAAUUAUUGUUAUAAAUAUUUAUUUAUUUCGAUCAAAGGAUUGCUGUUAUAGUAUACUUAUCAGAUUUCGUAUUUAAUUUGUGAAUGUUGUGAUUUGAAGGAUGUACUAUAGUCUGAUCUUGACAAACUUAUCUGUGAUUCAACAGUUAGGCUAGGCACACACCAGUUAGUCAAGACAAGACACGUUUAGUCACAAUACUUCACAUAGUUGCUUGUGACGCAACUCACACUGAUUAGUCAUUGCAAUUAGAUGUGUCUUCAUAAGCAACUAUCUGAAAUAUUGUGACUAAACGUGACUGAUCAUGUCUUGUCUUGUCUUGACUAAUUGGUGUCGCCUUGCCUUAAUUUUUUGUACAGAAAGUAUUGUAUAUUAUUGUGUACUCUUCAAGAGAAGUGAUAAAUUUAGCUAAUAAAAAUAAUAUUCUAUUUCAA